CCCAGGACCAUGCUGAACGUGCUGCUGCUGUGCUGUGGGCUGCUGCAGGGAAUCCAGGCUGCCCUGGAUCUCAGGACUGCUGACCUCAGCUGUGGCCACCUGCAGAAGGCGAGCGGCGGGCUGGAGCGGGUGGACAGAGCCCGGCAGGCCAGCCUGCAGCGGAAAGGCAAGGAGGCGUCUGUGGAGCCGGCAGGAGCUCUCCCAAGGCUGGGGUUUGAGCAGAUGGCCCUGGGGGUCCAAGAAGCUGAUGGUGACCUCGUGCAGAGAGGCAGCCUGCUGGAAACACAGGCAUCAUCCACAGAACUGCAAGCUGAGGGCCGUGAGGAGCGCUCCCCCCGCCGCUGCGUCCGUCUCCUGGAGUCCUGCCUCGGCCACCAGAUCCCCUGCUGUGACCCCUGUGCCACCUGCUACUGCCGCUUCUUCAACGCCUUUUGCUACUGCAGGAAAAUCAGCACCAACUUCCCCUGCGGCAAGAACUAGCGCCCGUGGGGCUGCCGGCUCCUCGCCCCUGCGUGCGCCUCCUUCUCUGCAGCUCCAAUAAAGCAGCCCUUUGCAAAGCCAUGGCA